AUGCAACCACAGUUUAAAGGAUGGGAAAAUGAUUUGGACCCUGAAGAUUUCACCCUUCUCUCCAUCCUGAAUUUCUGUAAGACAAAAGCUGAUUUCUCGUUCAAUAAGAUGGUCGAGCAUACCCUUGUAUCAAAGUUUGUUUCAUACAUCGCAGAAACUACAAGUAAGAAGUGGAUGGAGGUCGCUUCUGCUAUUAAUAAAGAUGAAAUUCUUCAGGUGAUAGAGGGAGUUGGACGCUGUCAAAACAACCACCUAAGUGACUUGACAACUCGUCGGGUUAGUUAUGGAGGCUAUCUCUGGUGGGCUCCAUCUUAA